AUGACAUCAAAUCCCCACACUGAACCACAACCAGACGACGAAGAUGAGGACGUUGAAGUUGAUGUCGUUGAGGAUGAUGAAAAACCUGAUGAUAUUGGCACAGGCACUACCAAAGGAGAACGUGCUGCUUUGUAUGAGAAACCUGUCACAUUCUACAAAUUUGGACCCAAAAAGACGCAAUCGAUAGCAAUUGAUGUUUCUCUGAACAAGCUUAACAAGUGCAUCAAAGUGGCUUAUAACAAAAUGACAACCCCGAAAUGGAAGGAUUUCAAAGGCCUUCGAUUGCAUUGGAAACAGCGUAUUCGUUUGAAUAAUGUUAUUUGGCGAGCUUAUUACAUUGAAUUCCGAAUGCCUGCUAAAAAAUCGAAGAAAAAGACUCCUUUCUGUUAUUUUGCUGUUCCUGAUGAUGACACAACGCAUGCAAAGAUCGAAGGCAGCGUCUUGGAGGGGAUGUAUUGGAAGCGAAGAAUGGAAGCUGUUGGUGCCCAGUAUAAGAAAUGGAGGUAUUAUAUGAAGAAUAGAAGAGCACAGCAUGAGAAGCCUGUAAAACGAAAAAGGACGUAUUCUGAAGGGCAGAGUGAGCGGUUCGAUCGUGAACUAUAUGAACGUCCCGCAAAGCGAGAACAAAGAAGUCAGACUCCGAAAAAUAUGUCCACGGAUUGUUGUGACUUCGACGACUUAGAAAACGUUUUUACGGACAGUCUCUUCGAAUCGUUGAGCCAACCGUAUAUGUUUCCCAACCCUAAAGAUUUUGGUCAGAGCGGAAACGCUGAUAUCAUGCAACCUGGCCUGUUAUCCUUGCAACCGAGUCUCGAAGAAAUUAUGGCUAGUCUCGGUGAGUCUGUGUGA